CCGGUCUGUGAAGAAAGAGGAUGCAGGUGAAUACUAUUGCCAGGCCAGGAAUGAGGCAGGAUGGUCAAAAUGCAGUCCUCAGACCAUGGAAGUUUAUGAUCUGGACAUUGUGGGCAUAUUCCUGAAGGUGUUAGGCGGAGUGGCAGCAUUUAUAUUAGUCAUUGUGGGGAUCUGUCAGAUUCAAAAAAGUGGCUACUGUUCCUGCAAGGAUCAUAGGGAAACCAAUUACAAAGUACCCCAACAUGACAAUAGGAUGGACUAUGCCAGUCCAGAUGAGGGACAUUUCCGCCACAAGUCCUCCUUUGUCAUAUAAAAUCAAAGAAGAGGAGACGAGCGCUUCAAUCGUGUGAAUGCCUUGUGAGCUGACUUUUGAACUGUCAAAUUGUGCUUUUUACGCUGAGGUGCAUCUUGAGCUUCAUGGCUUGCCAAAGUUAUAACAAAAACGAAUGCUACUGUGUCGAACAGGGAAUUUUUACUCCCCUUAUUUUGAUUUUAACAGACAGUAAUCAAACACAGGUUUACUUAAAACUCCACUGUUUAUAUGUAAAAAUUACAUUCAAUUGAACAAUACUCAGAUUUAUAGCUAUUACAUGCAUCUUGUAAAGUAAAAAAUUAUUGUUUCAGCAAAUCAAAAAGGAUUGAACUUAAUAAGUAACAUAAAAGAUGAGUUUAAGUCUUUCCAAAUAAUUGUGAAUUUCUGAAUGUCAGUUGCAGACUUCAAAUUGUAGCAAGGCUGAAAUUGCAUCCAGGUGCUGCUGUAUUUUUGCCCAAAAGUAGUCAACACAUAAUACCAGUGCAAGAACUUACAUGUCUUCAAGGCAAAUAUUACAUUUCCCACUGGAAAUAUAGUGUGUGUGACUAUGUGAAGAAUCCUGUCAGUGUAAAUGUGUACAAUACCAUGCCAAGACUGUUUUAUCUGGGUCACUUUUGACAAGAGGAUUUUAUGUGUUAGUGUUUCAGCAGUGGUUAUUUAGUUCAUGAACUAUACAUUUGUAGCAUUUUAGUUUGAGAUUUAAUCAAACACCUCCGUAAAGUCAGUCGACUUGGUUGUGCAAGAUGAUUCAUUUACUUUUUUGAAAUAUUCCUCUAGAUACAGAUUACGCACUUGUGGUUUUUUUCAGAGUGCCAUUUCUGUGUUUAAGUGACCUUCAAUGCUUUAUAAUUGUUUUAUACGUUUUGGACAUAUUGUCCAGGUUUUAUGACUCAGUGUUAUUGUUUUAAUCUAUUUAUAAGAUCUACGUAUAUUGUAGUUCACUCCAGAGUAGUAGUUAGAUAGACCGUGGGCCGUGUCACAAGAAUAAAACUGAUUAUGUGGAAGCAAUCAACAUAGUCUAUCCUUUCAUUUUGUUUUUAAAACAUGUAGCUAUAUAUGUAAUUGGACCAUCAAAUUUACUUUGUUUUUAAAUAAAUGCAGUGGAACGGAGGUAUUAUCUUGAAAUUUGAAAACAAGAACAAGAAAUAAACUCAUAAGUUUCUUUUAGCUUCUUUUUUAAUAAUUUGACAAUAUAUUAGUCAUGCCUCAUUGCAUGUCCCACUGUCUAAAAACAGUAUGACAGAAAAACAAAUGAACAAGAGAGCCUGGGUUCCAUCAUUGUACUAUAUAUGUCAUACAACUGAACUUAAUAAAAUAAUCUAAUUUCAUGAAUUGGGCAAAUCUAAUGGAUAUGCCUAAGCAAAUUGACAGAACAGAACAAAAUAGAACAGACAGGGGCCAGUAUAUUCCAAUAUGUAAACAAAUAUAAAGAAAGUAUCUCUAAUCGAAUUAUUCAAAGUGUUUGUUGGCAAACCAUUUUAUUGUACAUUUUUAUUUAAGGCUCAAUGUUAUACAGUUUUUACCUUUUCAUACUAUUGAGUGCCAGGCAAUGGGUAGACAGAAUCUAAUAAGUGUAGUUAAAGGGAUAGUUCACC